AGUUGGUGGUUUAUUGCACUAAUUUUAAACAUCAACUUUACUGAGGCAUAAUUUACGUCCAAUACGCAUUUUGAGUGCGCUGCUUAAUGAGUUUUGACAAACGUACAGGUGAUCUGACUCAGAGCGGAGAGAAUUAAGGUCACCAGGGAAUAUGCAGAUCAAGAGAUUGAACAGGGAGAGCCUGCGUAGAAAACAGCAUCCCAGCAGGGUUCUUGAGAAGCAUAACAAAAAGCAGCAAGUAGCAACACCAAGGGCGGCUGCUCACUGCCCCUGGGUCUGCACCCCUGGAAGCCCCUGUCACUUACAGGCGCCGCACGGGCGGCAUGAGGGGCGGCGAGCCAGGGGCCCUGUCGCCACCGCCCGCGGUCAGGCCGGCUGCUCCGGCCUCGGUGGACGCUGGCUUUCCCGCAGCCGGCAGGUCUGCCGUUCCCGGGCCCCUGGGUCCUGGGCUCAGCCCGCCUGCCUGCCAACCAGGCUCCUCCCCGCCCUCUGUGGCUGAAGCUCCUGGGGCUGAGGGUUCAGCUUUCGCUUAGAGACGGCAGCGUUGAGUGCAAAGGUGGCUGGGGAAACUGAGGCAGGGCUGGGGCUUCUGGGAGAGGGGUCGGACGCUGGCCGCAGACUCCGUCUCCCCUGACCUUUGCAGCUCUUCCAAAAGCCAAGUGAGGCCCAGUGCUGGAAGAGAAGCCGGGGGUCCUCAGGGACGCGAGCCAGGCCCCGCCCGCGGGUGGGGGCGGGACUGAGGCGGGGCAGGGCGGGCGGGGCAGAGGCCAGUGCUGCAGGUGCUGCCCUCGGUGCCCGGAGGAGCCGGUGCUGCGGGUGCUGCCCUCGGUGCCCGGAGGAGCCGGUGCUGCCCGCGCCAUGGAGCGACCCUCGGACCCCCUGCGCGGGGUGCUGCGGUUCUGCUUCGCCCCCGCUCCCCGGACCAGCCUGCUCCUGCUCCGGCUGGACGCCGCCGCGCUGCGGGCGCUGCAGGAGGGUCGGCGGGAACAGGUCCGGCCGGUGAUCGCCUUCCAGGGCCCCCGAGGCUACCUGAGGCUCGCGGGCCCCGGCUGGUCCUGCCUCUUCUCCUUCGUAGUGUCCCAGUGUGGCCGGGAGGGGGCUGGCGGAGAGUUGGACCUCGUGUGCCAGCGCGGGGACAGAUCCGGGGCUGAGCGGCUGCACUGCCUGGGCCCACUCCGGGAGCGCCUCACUAUUUGGGCGGCUAUGGAUUCCAUCCCAGCCCCUUCCUCAGUCCAGGGACACAACGUGACUGAGGAAGCCCGGGAUCGCGAGGCUUGGCGAAACCCGGGAGGUUAUUCUGAUGCAGAUGCGCUGGUGUCACAGCCACGGGCUGCGCUGGAACAGGUGUCAGAUCCACGGGCAAGCAGCCAAGAACAGUCACUCCCAGGACCCUUGAGGGAGCAGCCGGCAGAGUGGGAAAUGAGGAAGCAGAACCAUCUCCCAAACAGAGAGCCUGACCAGGCCCUGCCUUCCUCUGCCGGCCAGAAGCGUCUGGAGAAGAAACGUCCAGCACCAGAAGACACUGAAAAACUAGAAGAAAAGAGGCUCAGAGUUCUGUCUCCAGCUGCAAGCCCCCUGCAAGGGCUGUCCAGUCGGGACUUACAGGACGGCUGGGAGCAAGAAGAUAAAGACGAAGUCCUAGGCCCCAGGCUGGAGCACAGUCCCUCAGCUCAAGCAGGCUCUGAGUCCCCAAGCCCCGCAGAGGUGCCAGAUUACCUCCUGAAAUACAGGACCAUCCAGAGUACAGAGCAGCAGCGGGCCUACGAACAAGACUUCGAGGCGGAUUAUGCCGAGUACCGCAUCCUCCAUGCCCGGGUUGGCGCUGCCAGCCAAAGGUUCAUAGAGCUGGGAGCAGAGAUCAAGAGAGCUCAGCCAGGAACUCCGGAACACAAGGCGCUGGAAGCUAAGAUAGUCCAGGAGUAUAAAAAGUUCAGAAAGCGGUACCCAGGUUACAAGGAAGAAAAGCACCGCUGUGAGUACCUGCAUCAGAAAUUGUCCCACAUAAAAGGUCUCAUCCUGGAGUCUGAGGGAAAGAACUGGGGCAGCUGAGGCUGUCAAGGCCUCUUGACCCGCUGUUCAGUGAGAUAGAAACAAAGCAGCUAUAAAACCAGAGUGCACCUAUCUGCUGUUCUUAUGCUGACCCCUUGAGUCCACGGAGGCAGGCAGAGAGCUGCCCUAGGUUCUUGACGUGUGAUACUGUUGCUGUAUUUUCAUUUUUUAGUGUGGGCACAGUGCCAGGGCUCCUCAGCUGUGCCCAGGAGAUGAGGGAUUAUAGCAGACUUGGCUUUUUCACCAUUAGUUCAGCCAGGUCAUUUUUAAAUUCUGGGAAAUGACAUCAUUUCUAGGACAGGAUACCUUGAGGAUAUCAGAUGAACUAAGUGAAUUUAGCCUAGUAUCCUCCAAAGGCGAACAAAAAAAAGGGAACCUUUGUUAAAUCAAAAGGAACUUGUAGGGGGCUGGGAAUUUAGCUCAGUGGCAAAGCGCCUGCCUUGCAAGUGCAAGGUCGUGAGUUUGAUUCCUGGUA